CUCAAAAAGAAAGUGGUGAAGAAGAUAAACGAAGAAUCAUUUGGAAAAAAGAAGAAAAAGAAGAGUAAAAUAACGCCUCAAAAACCAGCGAAAACAUCCGGCGCCGUUUUAUCUGAAUAUUGAAUACAAAAUUUAUAACCCUAGCGCAGGUUCUUUGAUUAAUCCUCAUAUAAAACCCUAAAAGGAAGGAACGAAAUCAAUGUUACUGACACCAAUUUUGCCUCUUCCGGCUCCGGAUUCUAAUGGGGAUGGCUCAUCUUCUCCUCCUUCUCAUGAACAGCAGCCUCAUCUGCCUGGGGAGGUGGAAGAUAAAAUGAUAACCGAGGAGCAGAAUAAAGCGGCUCCAGUUGCCACCCACACGAGAACUAUUGGAAUUAUUCAUCCUCCUCCGGAUAUUAGGAAUAUUGUUGAUAAAACUUCGCAGUUUGUUGCUAAAAAUGGACCUGAGUUUGAGAAAAGGAUUAUUGCUAAUAAUGCUAACAAUGCUAAGUUUAAUUUUUUGCAUGCUUCAGAUCCUUAUCACGCAUAUUACCAACAUCGUUUGAGUGAGUUCCGUGCACAGAAUUUAUCUUCUGCUCAGCAGGGUUUGUCUCAGAAUGAUGAUAAAGCAGCUGCCGAAUCUGCUCAGUCUGCUCCUGCUGCUGCUGAUGGGAGUGAUGCAGCGGCAGUGCCUGUGGCUCCCAAGCCUGAUACGGCAGCACAGUUUAGACUACCUCGCAAGGUUCUUGAACCACCAGAAGAUGAGCAGUAUACUGUUAGUCUUCCUGAGGGGAUUACUGGGGAAGAACUUGAUAUUAUUAAGCUUACAGCACAGUUUGUGGCGCGAAAUGGGCAAGCUUUCUUGACUGGAUUGACAAAUAGGGAGAUGAAUAAUCCCCAAUUUCAUUUUUUGAAGCCAACUCACAGCAUGUAUAAGUUUUUUACCUUACUUGCUGAUUCAUAUUCAAGGGUUUUGAUGCCUCCGAAAGGGUUGACAGAGAAGCUGAUAAAAAGUGUUGUUGAUAUGACAACUGUUCUUGAACGAUGCUUGCAUCGCUUGGAAUGGGAACGCUCUCAAGAGCAGGCAAGGCAAAAAGCUGAGGAUGAGAUUGAGCAGGAGCGGAUACAAAUGGCCAUGAUUGAUUGGCAUGAAUUUGUUGUGGUUGAGACAAUAGAUUUUGCAGAUGAUGAGGAUGAGGACUUGCCUCCUCCUAUGACACUUGAGGAGGUUGUGAGGAGGAGCAAGAUAACUACUAUGACUGAAGAUGAAAUUGUUGAACCUGGAAAGGAGGUGGAAAUGGAAAUGGAUGAAGAAGAAGUACAACUUGUUGAAGAAGGAAUGAGGGCUGCCAGUCUUGAAGAGAAUGAUAGUGAGAGGGACAGAAAGAUGAAUGAGGAGCCUGAAGAGCCAAUGAGAAUUGUUAAGAACUGGAAGAGGCCCGAGGAAAGGAUUCCUGCUGAAAGAGACCCAACAAAGGUUGUUAUUUCUCCUAUUACUGGGGAGCUAAUUCCCAUUAAUGAGAUGUCUGAGCACAUGAGAAUUUCACUUAUUGAUCCCAAGUACAAGGAGCAAAAGGAAAGAAUGUUUGCCAAGAUUCGAGAAACAACUCUUGCUCAGGAUGAUGAGAUCUCUAGAAAUAUUGUUGGACUUGCCCGAACUCGUCCUGAUAUAUUUGGUACCACUGAGGAAGAAGUUUCUAAUGCAGUUAAGGCAGAGAUUGAGAAAAAGAAAGAUGAGCAGCCAAAGCAGGUCAUUUGGGAUGGUCACACUGGAAGUAUUGGACGUACUGCAAAUCAAGCUAUGUCUCAAAACAUUAAUGGAGAGGAUCAAAGUGAAGCUGUUAAUGUUGAUGGAAGGACCCUUCCUGGUCCUGCAGCUCCUCCUCCUCUGCGACCUGGUUUACCUUCAGUUCGUCCUCUCCCUCCACCACCAGGACUAGCUUUGAAUCUUCCCCGCGUGCCUCCAAAUGCAGGCCAAUACUCUAGUCCAGGUGCUGGUGCAUUUGCUGUCCCUCCACCAAGGCCACCAGGCAUGCCAAUGAUUUCAUCAAUUCGUCCACCUCAGCCUCCAAUGCAGAUGGCAUCUGGACAGCAACACAUUAUGGUAAAUCGACCACCCCCAAUGCCUCCAUCCAUAUCAGUGAAUCCGCAGAGUAUGCCUGUGCCACCUCCACCAGGAUCUCAGUUUACUCCAAUGCAAAUUCCUCGAUCUUUUGUCCCUCUUCCUGUGCCUCCUUCUAUUUCCAUGAUGCCUCCACCACCACCUUUGCCUCAUGGGAUGCCUCCACCACCUCCUCCUGAGGAUAAUCCUCCACCACUUCCAGAUGAACCGGAGCCAAAGAGACAGAGGCUUGACGAUUCUAUGCUUAUCCCAGAAGAUCAGUUUUUGGCGCAACAUCCGGGACCUGUACGGAUCACUGUUUCUGUACCAAAUGUUGAUGAAGGAAAUCUCAAAGGGCAAGUUUUGGAGAUUACAGUACAAUCAUUGUCCGAAAAUGUUGCCAGCCUGAAAGAGAAAAUUGCUGGAGAGAUCCAACUUCCAGCAAACAAGCAGAAAUUAAGUGGAAAAGCUGGGUUUCUUAAGGACAAUAUGUCCCUUGCCUAUUAUAAUGUUGGAGCAGGAGACGCGCUAUCUCUUUCUUUGAGAGAGCGUGGUGGUAGAAAGAGAUGAAGGGGUUCCUUGACAUGGUCAUUUGAGGUUUUUUAUGGAACUACCUUAUUACUGGAUAUGUUCACAGAUAUUGCUAUUAAUCUUCUAUAUUCUUCUUGUCUUUGAUGUUUUGCUGGAUAUUAUAUUGGACUUGUAUAGAUUAGCUAUAUGACAUCGUUAUCUUUGACUGAUGGUACAUGGUGGUAUCUAAUACAGAUUUGGCACCUUGGCGAGUUCCUCUUAAAGGGCAAUGGGAAAUUAGAGCACUUCCUUUAUGCUUAGGCAGAGCAAGCCAUCUGCUUACACUGACUACUUUCUCUUGCAUUUCAGUUGUUUCUCUGGAAAAUAUGGUCAUUUUUUUUGGACUCUUAAGGCUGAUAUAACUUGUGGAUCUAAUUUGUCUGCUCAUUUUCACUUUUGUUGCUGCAAGUUCUUUUAUUGGUAUAAAUGUAAUGUAGUUAGCAUCUUUCUGACAGGAGAGAGUUGAAGGUGCUGAAUCUAUUAUCUUGCGCACUGCUUAUGCCCCAAUCGUUUGUGUUAUGCCAUGGUUUUUCUUUUUAAUCUGUCUGGAGCAGCUGUGACUUGUGUGUUCUGAUGCUGUUCUUUCAUCUACUACAGAAAUGCUACUUGUUUUGAUGGAUGGUGUCUGCAAACUACUAGAUUCAUGAUACAUGAAAUAAAUGAGGCAGCAUUGACUUGGAGUUGAUUGGUGUCAUGAGAUGGGCAAGCAAAUUAAUCUUCAUCUCUUAUGAAUGUUUAAGGAUGCAGCAUAUUGAUCCUUGUCUUUUAGGAUAGGAGAUUGGUUGAUAUGGGAGCAAACAGAUAAAACAGGAAAUUUAAGUUACGGAAUCAUGUGACUAGCCUCUCAUGCUCUUUCCUGUUAUUCUAUUAGGGUAUUUGCCUGUUAUCUGAAUUAUACGUCUAAAAAUGGUUUUAACAGAUCUGAGUUGCUACUUGUAGCAAAAAAAUGGUUAGUGACUUGCCUGUUUGCAGGACCAGUUUUGUCACAGGUUGGUCAAAUUUAUUUGAAGCCUCUUUAUCGGCCUUGUACUAAUAAAAUAAUGCUUUAUUUCCACAGUA